AUGGAAAUGAAUCAAGCGGCGCACAUCAUCUUCGAAUGUGCGAUUUUUACCUCCUUCUUCUUGACCACCACCUGGAGGCCAAGUGGACGUGGCUCACAGCGCAAGGGAAAAGCUGUCGUCCCUAAGCCAGCCAGGGGAUCAGGCCUUAAUCCAUCUGGUUUGCCAGUCGCUGACCAACUCAAUCUCCCCGCAGAACGACCUCAAAUGUCAGCAUUUGAUUUUGAUCCCUAUGAGCAGACUGUACCAGGGUGGCCAGGUGCGCUGCAACAGGCCUAUGAUGACACUCAAGGCCAGUCAUCGUAUGGCUCAUUUGAAGGCGGGCAGGAGCAGGGACCUUCAUUUUACUCACAGGGCCUGUCGUCGUUUGGAGAUGGGCAGGAGCAGGGGCCGUCGUUUUACUCGCAGGGCGCAACAUCAUUCGGAGAUGCACAGGGCCCGUUGUCAUUUGGAGAUGGGCAGGAGCAGGGCUCGUCAUCAUUUGGAGAUGGGCAGGAGCAGGGGCCAUUGUUUUACUCGCAGGGCGCAACAUUGUUUGGAGAUGCACAGGGCCCAUUGUCGUUUGGAAACAUGCAGGAGCAGGAGCAGCAAUUUUGCGGAGACUCACAGGGCGCGUCUUCACACACUGAUGGACAGGACUACUACAAUGUCCGAGAUGCCCCACUCGACGCAGGUCCUUCCAACUACCGACAAGGCAUCGCGCCUGUGUCUCGAUGGGUCGAGGGUGCCCCUGAUGGAGGUAUCAGUAUCGUAGAUCGAGGCGACGGUCUGAUUCCUCCAGCUUCAGAUCUGUCAAUGAUCCGUCGCAGGGAAAUACCUACCUCUGAAGUAGUACAUUAUGCAAGGACAACAACGACAUGCACACUCAGACACACCAACAUGCCUGCAACACCGUAUGUCGCACCACAAACAGCCACUAUUGCUACCGGAGUGCAAGAACCCAGUCUUGUCGCUGAGCCGCACGAUACGCCCAGUGACUCCGGACACGGAACGACGAAAUCACUGCCUAAAAAUCGCAUUCGUUUGACGCCGGAGGUGAUUAAACAGACGCUGAACGGCGCUAAAGGAAGGGUCCCACGGCUCGUAUUCUCAAAGCACGCUAUGACGUGCUCUAGAAAACGAAAGAAAAGAUUCAUCAAUGAGAUCAUCCAAGAAUCUGUCCCGAAUUUCUUCAGGCCUGAUGCGGUUUUCGAGGAGUUUAUAACCAACGCACACCGUAAGACAGUCGGCAAUACAUUAUCGGUGACACGCGGUAAAAUGGUCGACUUCGCACGUGAGGGUGUUUGCGAUGCAUUCCAAUUGUUCCCCCCGCGGGGGCACUCUUUGCCACCAGGGCGAUAUCGGACUACCAGGAUCAAUCGCUUUAUAAACGGACCUGAUCCGUUACUCUUCAUGCAUGACUUCUAUUUUGACGAGAAUGAUAAUAUAAUUGUCAUCACAAAAUUUCAGAAUCGUUUCAUCAUGAGCAAUGUCAUCCGAUUCAUCUGGUACUGGGGAUACGCGUCGUUUCUCGGUGAUUCCCCGCUCAAAUCCAUCAAGUAUAUCAUGGCCGUUUCAGGCGCAGCUACCCACUGCUCGUUGCAUGAACAAGGGAGGGAGGGAUUGAAUGUUGACCCCUUCAGUGGACAAUUCCAUCAAGCCAAGUUCGAAGAAAUACUGAGGGCGAUUGAUAAUCUCACUCCUGCAGAGAAGGCCGAGUUUGAACAAUAUCUGCAGUACAUAUUAGAUAUUGGACCAUCGCAGACACGAGACAACAGCUCGUCGUCAUCUGACUUGGAUUAG